AUGGCCUGGAGGGUCGGCCUCCCACCACGGCUGCUGCUGCUUCUGCUGCUGCUUCCAGGCUCCCGGGUGUGCUCAGACAUUCAGGUGCUACAGAGAGUGGCAGGAGAGACGCUGAGCGUGACAUGUAACUACCCGUCCCGCGGCGAGUCCUACGUGAAGAAGAGCUUGUGUCGCCAGGUGACAGAGUUCAUUUGUGGCAAGAUGGUCCCCGGUGCCAGCGCCAGUGCCCAGGGCCAGGUCCCUCGGCUGUCCAUCAGGGACUAUCCUGCAGCCGGCCACUAUGUUGUCUCCCUGGCUGGGCUCAAGGAGGAGGACUCUGGACACUACUGGUGCUCCAUGCACCACGCUUCGAGCCACAUGGUCUUCAAUUCUAUCAAGUUCUACCUGGCCGUGUCCCCAGCCCCCACCCCGGCUCCCAGGACUACCUGCAACCCCACCUCCUCAAAGGGCCAGAGCUCUGUGUCCCCAACAGAGGAAAUCACCAAGGCUCCCGAGGCUCCAUCUGCCUUCACCACACCAGCACGGCCCUGGAAUGCCACCCUCUGCCCUGGCCCUGAGGUCCCCUGUGCCCUGGAUGCUGGAGUCUGUGGACUCUUUCUCACCAAGAGCCUGGUGCUGUUGGCCCUGCUGUGGACCUGGUGGAGCAGACGCGUGCAGCUUAGAGGGAGCUCUGCCACGGGCCCACAGUGCUGCCCUGAGCCCCAGUGUCCCCCAAGCCUGGGCCCCCAGGAGUGCCCCUGA